GCACAAACCGACGUACGCUCACGUAGACGACCUUGAUCAUCUCGACCGCCGACCGAAAUCGUCUUUGCGCUUGUUCAGGCCUGUCCGAGUUUUCUCCAAGCGAUUCCUUAUCAAGAACAAACUAGACGGAAUCCAGCUUUUCGGGUCGUCGCUUACUCCACCUCCUCAACACGGCGGUCACCACUCGGGGUCGGACAUGACAGACUCCCAACCUGCAUCGCAGCGGAAAGUCACUCGGUCACGACAUGGAUGCGAUACCUGUCGUGCGCGUAAAGUCCGCUGCGACGAGCGGCCGGGACGCUGUUUCAACUGCGAACGACUUGGCCUGAUCUGCGCCUCCUCGGGAACCGGCGCGUCUGGCACAGAGCAGAUGCGAGCUUCUCAAAUGCGCACGUACCGAUCCUGCUCCGCGUGCCGCCUUUCCAAGACUCGGUGUUCUGGUCAGAAGCCGGCCUGCCUCAGAUGUCGAGAGAAGGCACUGAGCAAUCCGCUGCUACACGUCGUGUGUGCGCUGGGCGCUUUGUUCUACGCGGUGGAGUACGAGACGAGUCGCAACGUGACAUUACCGAUCAAUCCACUAGAUGCCGGCAAGUUCUGGGCGGAUCGAGCGCAGAACAUCAUUCUUGCAAGACUGGACCGGAUCUCAGUGGAGAACCUGAUGGCGGCAGUCUUGCUACACGACUAUGAAAUUCGGCUGGGCAACUACUCGAACGCAUUCAUGUUGAGCUCGAUCACCGCGAGAAUGGCACAGGCUUUGCAGAUAAAUUUGGAGCAUUCGACGGAUGUGCUGUGUCGAGAGGCGGGAAGUGGACCUUCUGCUAGUGUCAAGGAGUCCAGACGGAGGUUGAUGUGGUGCUGUUAUAUCACUGACUCGUUGGUUGGAAGCGGUAUCGAUCAGUUGACGUUGAUCGAUGAGGCGGAUAUCAAGAUUCAGCUGCCUUGCAACGAGAGGAACUUUACAUUGGAGGAGCCCUGCAUCACCGAGACGCUCGAGCCCGGACAGAUGCUGAAGUUUCUCCCGCAGGAGUUGCUGCCGUCGUAUCCGCAGGACUCUAUGGGAAUGACGGCGUUCUAUUUGAGGCAUAUCGCAACGAGGCGGAAGGUGUUGAAAUACAUUAAACACCUUGAUACCGCGAAACUGCCUUGGCUGCCGGACUCGGAAUUUGCUCAGCUCGAUGCAGAAUUGCGAGACUGGUACGACAAUCUUCCCGCCAAUCUCCAAUUUACGCCCACGACUCUGUACAUCCGCCAGGAGACUUCACAGGUUGGUGCGCUGUGUGCUUUGCAUUACGCAUACCAUCAAACAAUGUGCGACUUGUAUCGCAUAGGUGCCCCUGGUCUAUAUCGUCUGCGAUCCGCCUUCAUCUUCCCUCCCGAGCAGUCCAACUUCCUCGCCAAACUUCGUUUCACCCUCUUCGGUCACGCCCGUAGUCUGGCAACGAUAAUGUCCGAGGCACUCCGCCACGGACCUCAUGCCAUCGCCGACUCCUGGCUCCCAACCGUCCUCUACGACUCGUGCAAGAUCAUGCUCUUCUACCUCACCCAACUCAUCGAUCCAUCAUUGGACACAAGCAAAGCACUCAUGGCUGAGACGAUUCCUCACGUUCGAGACAAUGUCAAGGCACUCAAAAUAAUGCGCUCGAUGUAUGCCGCUGCCGGGCCUCUCUCCAAA